AUGGCAUCAUCCAAGGGACCACUAUUAAGAGCUGAGAAGAUACCAAGAGGAUCUAAUAGGCUGAAAAGAAGCAAAUGUAUAGCAGCUAUUGAUUUUGGAACCUCAUCAGUAUCAAUAGGAUAUACCACACCAACUGAUAGGAAGAUCAGACUUUUGCCACUUCACAGUACUUACGAAAGAGUACCUAAUGCUAUACUAAUAGUGAAGGACCAGGGCAAGGGACAGGAGAACCAGGACAAGUACAAGGAGCAAGACCAAGACAAGGAACAGGAUCAAGACAAGGGCCAGGAACAGGAACAAGAUAAAGGCAAGGACCAGGACAAAGACAAGGAACAGGACAAGGACCAGGAACAAGAUCAAGACAAGGGCCAGGAACAAGAUCAAGACAAGGGCCAGGAACAAGAUCAAGACAAGGGCCAGGAACAAGAUCAAGACAAGGGCCAGGAACAAGAUCAAGACAAGGGUCAGGAACAGGAAGAGGAACAAGACAGGGGCAAGGAACAGGACAAAGACCAGGACAAGGACCAGGUUUGCCAGAAACCGACCAAAGAGGAACAACAAUGCACAGUGAUUGGGAUUGGAUAUCAAGCACAAACAAUGUACAAUAACAUAACAAAUAAUGCUGAAAAGUACGUAUAUUUUGAACGAAUAAAGAAUUUAUUGCAAAGAGAUAGUUCAUUAGAUCGUACUACUGAAGUCUCUUCAUUCACUGGAGGAUCUUAUUAUCUUAUUGAAGUUAUAGCUUUUAUACUAACACAUCUCAAGGAGAAGCUACUGACUGAUGAGCUAAAGGAAGUUUACAAGUCAACUGAUUUUGAUUGGGUCAUUACUGUUCCUGCUAUAUGGAAAGCAAGAGCAAGAAGAAUGAUGAGAGAAGCUGCUUAUAUGGCUGGUCUCACUUCUGAUGCUCCUGGUAUAACAAGGUUCACUCCAGUUGGUUCCCCUUUACCACGUCCAGAGGAGGUUAAUCCUGAGAAGCUAUCAUUAGCUCUAGAACCAGAAGUAGCUGCUAUAUAUGCACAGCAUCAGUCAGAAGUAUCAGGAACACCUCCACAGAGAUAUAUGGUAGUUGAUAUAGGAGGAGGUACAGUUGAUAUUACUGUACAUGAUAAGAGUAAUGGAAGAAUUAGUGUAGUACUACCACCAAUGGGGAACAACUGGGGAGGUACUACUGUCAAUGAAGCUUUAUCAGAAUUACUACAAGAAGCAGUAGAAGAUGAAGGUUUUGAGUCUUUCAUAAAAUCAGAUGCUAGUAACAAAGCUGAAAUAAAUAAACUGGUUUAUGAAGACUUUGAGGAACAAAAAAAAAUUUUUGGAAACGCAACACCAGGCAUUGAUGAAAUGGUACUUGAAUUACCAAGACCUUUCAUAAGAAAUUAUGGAGGCAAUGUAAUUGGCGAUGGAAUGAAGCAGGAGAAGGUGCACUAUGAUCCUGGAGAAGGUGCAUUAGAAAUGGAACACACUCAAUUAGAAAAAAAGGUAUUUCAACCCACAAUAGAUAAGAUUAUAGAGUGCGUGAGAGCAGCGUUUAAUGGCCUAACAGAUCAUAUUGAUACGGUUUAUCUAGUAGGAGGGUUUGGAGGGUGUAGGUUUGUUAGGCAAAGGAUAGAAGAAGCUAUUGCUCAGCAUCGUAGUAUUCUUUAUGAUAAUAUAGUGUGCCCUCAACAUCCAGAUCUUGCUGUUGUAACAGGAGCAGUAAUGUGGAGGAAAGAUCCUGACAUAAUCCAAUCACGUGUUGCUGAUGCUACUUACGGGACAAGUGUUGCUCCAAUAUUUAACCGAUCAAUACAUGAUAAACAUUACAAGUGUAAAACUGAAGAUGGUGUACGACUUUGUAACCAUGUCUUUGAAGUUUUCAUACUCAAAGGAGAAGUAAUAAAGGAUGAAGUGUAUAGAGCAUCAUUUAUACCUCGUUCUCAAAGCCAGACACAACAGUCUAUCGCUAUAUAUUGUACAACAGAUGAUGGAGUUCAGUACGUAGCAGAUAAAGAGGGUAGACCAACAGUACAUGCAAUAGGUCAGCUAAUACUUGAUAUUCCUAAUCCUAAUAAUAUUCGAAGAAAAGCGAGAGAAUUCGACUUAUUUAUGGAUUUUAACGGUACAGAGAUACAAGCAAGAGCUCAGUAUCGUGUCACAGGAGAAGAAGUGAAAACAGUUUGUGACUUUUUAUCAAACCAAGACUAA